AUGACCCUGGCAGACUGGCAGAAAGCUCAGACAGAGGACCAAUAUAUCAGUCGUGUCAUCCGAUUCCUUGCCAGUGCAAUGAAGCCCAGCUCCAGAGAAGUCAGUACAGAGCACCCCGAAAUAAAGCUCCUCUUGCGACAGUGGCACAAGUUAGAGCUGAGGAAUGGUGUGCUGUACCGCAAGCGGAAUGACCGUGGCCGCACUGCCUAUCAGCUGGUGUUACCCCUGCCGUUUCGGGAGAGAGCUCUGCAAGGCAUACAUGAAGAAGUGGGCCACCUAGGUCCUGAACGUGCCUUGCACCUUGCCCGUGUGCGUUUCUUCUGGCCUGGCAUGGCCAAAGCCAUAGAGGAAAAAUGCAAGACAUGUGAGCGCUGUUUCCGGAGGAAGGCGGUGCCUCAAAAGGCUGCACCGAUGGAAAGCAUCACGACUACACCACUUUACAAAGUUCUCAGUGGCAGUGCCCACAAGAGAUCAGAAAGCGAGAACCAUAGCAAGGCCCUGUGGGAGAAUUUCAUUGUUCACUACAGCUUCCCCAGUCGCCUCUUGAGUGACCAAGGCCGGGAUUUCGAGUCUAGAACUAUCAAGGAACUCUGUGCAGUCAUAGGAGCAACCAAAGUCCGUACAACCCCAUACCAUCCUCGGGGGAAUCCAGUGGAAAGGUUUAACAGAACACUCCUGGGAAUGUUGGGGACUUUGGAGGACAAAGAGAAGCAUCAUUGGAGGGAUUACGUGAAGCCUCUGGUGCACGCCUAUAAUUGCACAAGAAAUGAUACAACCGGAUACUCACCUUAUGAAUUAAUGUUCGGGAGACAACCCCGACUUCCCAUAGACUUUGUCCUCGGAAUUACUCCUGACACCGGAGAUCACCUGACUCACUCAGAGUAUGUCAAGAGCCUCCGACAAUGUCUCCAGGAAAGCUACUCCCUGGCCAGUGAAAGUGCUCAAAAGUCAAGAGACAAGUACAAGUCCCGCUUCGACAAGACAGUCAGAGCUGUAAGACUCUUCACAGGAGAUCGUGUCCUUGUCCGUAAUGUCAAGGGGCUAGGCUCACACCGGAGCCCCACAGAGACCACCUGUUACCUGACUUCAGACAUGUUCUACCUGGAGGUGUUGCUGCUGCCUGGUGGGGAUGUAGAGGAUGUCAAGGUGGCUCAUCAUGGAGAGGCUCCUGUGUCCUGGGAACCACUUCUUACCCUCCUCAGGUCAAAAAGAUUUGAUGAUUUCUCCAUGAAGCUAGACUGCUUGUCUUCGCUCUACAACAUGAUUGGAGACAAUGAAACAAAAAUAAAGGUAUACACUGCCCUUCAGCAUCUGGAGAGGGAUCUUCUAAAGAUAUCUCAGUUACCCAGGCCUCUAAUAGAUCAUGAUCUUCAUGUGGACACAAUUCUCAAUGGAAGAAUCGGGAAGGUCACCCUACAGAGAGAAGGAAAUCCCCUGAGUAUCAAGUACUACAUAAGCCCUUAUGACCUCCUGACCGACAAUGACGAUGCAGAGUGCAAGGUGGCUCUGGUGGUAGCAGGGGCCAGUGACUCUACGCACCGGCUGCAGAUGACAUCCCUCAUCCAAAAGCCUCCCAUCAUCAACAGCGAGGGUCUCCCAGUGUUUCUUCCCCUGGACAAUGUCACUAGUGAAGUCCUGCCUGCCUGCUUUUUCCUGAAGCUGCAACCACCCUUGCCAAUGCUGUCUUCCUUUAUCCACAAAAUGGACCAAAUCACUGAAAUGAACUUGUGUGAGACUGACCUGCAGUGGCUGCCUUUCCCCUGGCUGCUGAAGGCUAGUCUGGGAGAAACCAGCUGCUCUGAUUAUUUGGAAAAUGCCCAUUUCUUUGUGGUUGACAACCAGAUGCAUGGUUAUGUGCUGGCAGGAGAUGCGUGGGGCGUAGAGGGACUGAGGGGAGCGCUGGUUCACAGCAUCCCAUUUACACACCCUGCCCAUGUCCCCCCACUGCUGGAGCUGUUGAGACAUCAAGCUGCAAUCAACACCCUGCUCUCCAGCUUCAUUACCCCCCAUAGGCCCUCCGAAGGUUCAGAGCCAGACUUGCACUGCGAGGUCCUUCCAGAGUCUGACUCCAGCUUCUCAGUGUCUUUCCCACUACAUGAGAGCGACUGUCUCGGUGUGCUUUUAGUGAAUGUAAAGGACUCCCAUCAGAUCACCUGCAGGCUGUUUAUGCCAUGUUCAAAAGAUUUAUCCAUCGAUGAAUACAUAAUGCGAGUCUUGAAAAGAUGCAUGUGCAUUCCUUUGGUCAUGAGGGCGAUCUGUAGAAGACUGGCUCAGAAUGGCUCUUCGGGUGUAAUUGCCUCCACUUUAGCAGCUGGGUAUUCUGCGCAUGCAGUUGCACCUGCCGCUGGCUUGUAUACAGCAGUGUCUGAAGCCCUGUGA